UGCCAGUUGCGGGUCUCCCCUUUCCUCUCCGUGUCCCUUCUUUUCCCUUCCCUCUCCCGCCGUGCCCCGGCGGCCCCUCCCCGUCCGGCCCCUCCUGCGAGGCGGCGGAAGAUGGCGUGGGUGCUGAAGAUGGACGAGGCGAUCGAGUCCGGGCUGGUGCACGACUUCGACGCCAGCCUCUCCGGCAUCGGGCAGGAGCUGGGAGCCGGCGCCUACAGCAUGAGUGAUGUUUUGGCACUGCCUAUUUUCAAACAGGAGGAUUCCAGCCUUCCUCCAGAAAAUGAGACCAAACAUCCACCCUUCCAGUAUGUUAUGUGUGCUGCGACAUCUCCGGCAGUAAAAUUAUAUGAUGAAACUCUUACAUACUUGAAUCAAGGUCAGUCCUACGAAAUACGGAUGCUAGAUAAUCGGAAAGCUGGAGACAUACCAGAAAUCAAUGGAAAACUGGUGAAGAGUACUAUAAGAGUUGUGUUCCAUGAUAGAAGGUUGCAAUAUACAGAGCACCAGCAGCUAGAAGGAUGGAAAUGGAACCGCCCUGGGGACAGACUUCUUGACUUAGAUAUUCCAAUGUCUGUUGGAGUCAUUGAUAUCAAGACAAAUCCAAGCCAGCUCAAUGCAGUUGAAUUUUUGUGGGAUCCAACAAAAUGUACAUCUGCUUUUAUUCAGGUACAUUGUAUCAGCACUGAAUUUACCCCUCGUAAACACGGAGGAGAGAAAGGAGUUCCUUUUAGGAUUCAGGUUGACACGUUUAAACAGACAGAAAAUGGAGAAUAUACAGACCAUCUGCAUUCAGCCAGCUGUCAAAUUAAAGUUUUUAAGCCAAAAGGAGCAGACAGAAAACAGAAAACAGACAGAGAAAAGAUGGAAAAACGAACUGCACACGAAAAAGAAAAGUAUCAGCCUUCGUAUGACACCACAAUUCUCACAGAGAUGAGGCUUGAGCCUAUAAUUGAAGAUGCAGUUGAACAUGAGCAGAAAAAGUCCAGCAAGCGGACUUUGCCAGCAGACUACGGUGAUUCUCUGGCAAAGCGAGGCAGUAUAGAGUUGACUAUAAAGCACACAUCGAAGUUGGAAGACUUCCAGUGCUCACCAUGGCCUGAUACUCCUACGACAUUUGUAAACAACAGCCCUACUCCUGCUCCAACCUUUACCUCUGCUCAACAUAAUACCUACAGUGUCCCAGACAGUAAUUCCUCCUCCCCAAAUCAUCAAGGAGAUGGAACCUCUCAAGGAUCUGGAGAUCAGCUUCAUCCUUCAGCCACAAUCCAGGAAACUCAGCAAUGGUUGCUCAAGCAUAGGUUCUCUACUUAUACAAGGCUUUUUUCAAAUUUCUCAGGUGCUGAUUUAUUAAAGCUGACAAGAGAAGAUCUGGUACAAAUCUGUGGUCCAGCCGAUGGAAUUCGGCUAUACAAUGCACUGAAAGCCAGGUCUGUUAGGCCCCGUUUAACAAUCUAUGUCUGUCAGGAGCCAUUAAGGAGCGUACAACUGGAAAGACAAGAUGCAGGCAACGGUGAUAGCAGCAAUGGUGCAAUAUAUGUUUAUCAUGCAAUCUACUUAGAAGAAAUGGCAGCCUCAGAAGUCACACGCAAGCUUGCUUUGGCAUUUAAUAUUCCUUUGCAUCAGAUCAACCAGGUUUACAGACAGGGUCCCACUGGUAUCCACAUUCUUGUUAGUGAUCAGAUGGUUCAAAACUUUCAAGAUGAGAGUUGUUUCUUAUUCACCACAAUAAAAGCUGAAAAUGGUGAAGGCUUCCAUAUAAUUUUGAAGUGAUGUCACAUGAUCGCUAGACAUAUUCCAAUGCAGAAUGAAGUCCUGCCUAAAGAUUAUGAAGAUCAUCCAAAAACUUCGGAUCUAACUUCACUGUAUAAGAUGUUUCAUAUUGAAAACACAAGAUGACCUACCUUUCAAAUGAGCUGUUUGAUAAGUGAACUUCUUUAUCACUGCUAUAGCUAAGUGUCCUCAUGAGAGGUAUAAUGCCAUGACAGCUUAUGUACAGGCAUGGAAGACAAUGUAAGCAAAGGUGCUUGCCCUUUACUGAAAUAAGGCAAAUUAUGGCCAGUAGAUACAGUUUCUAGAAGUGAAGCGCUAUUGCUUUUCUGUUACCUGUAUCCAGUUGGAGAUGAAUGUAAACUUAUUUGAGGGCAUUUACCUUUCUGUGCCAGUUUGUCUAUUACUUGCUUGUACCUUAUGCUGAUUUUAUUUGUUGAUGUCAGCAGAGCACAUAUUAAUCUGUGUGGAAAUGAGCAGUUAAGCUGAUAGUGAUCAGGUUGUUGGGUCUUUGAGAGUAAAGCUGUCAAAACAGCUUCCAUGUAAAUUGUUUAUAAGAGCGUAUGUAAGAAGUGUAAAUGCCAGAAUAGGGCUUUUAAGAAGUCCUAGCCAGAUGCAAUAUAUGCAUGCAGCAAACUGCAUUAUCAGUAGUACCUUAUUGGACGGAUUAAUAUAAAUCCUAUGGGGUACCAAGUAAUUGUGUUUUGCUUUAACAAAUUUAAUGGAAAAGAAUCACCUAUGCAUCCUUUAUUUUUAGUUUCCUAGAUUCUCUGCAGAGCACUGCUGCAGUUUAACUCUUUGCUUGUAACGUUGUGAGUUUAAAAAUACUAGCAGUGAGAGGUGGAUUUUAUGACUUAUGGAAUUAUGCUCUUGAGGGAACUUGACCCACUGGCACCAAGGGGCUAUCAUUGCUUUCAGCAUCAAGUAAAUUGCUUAAAAAUUGCUUAAGAAACACUAAAUAAUGCACCCUUUAAGUCUCCUUACCAGCAGGUAAAACCUUGCUGAAGUCACUAUUAUGAACAAUUAUCUUACCUUUUCUGUUGACUCUUUGCCCUCAGAUGCAUACUGUAAAACUGUUACAGUGCCUCUACCAUAUGACCAAAUAUUUACUUUACUUUGAACCAGAAAAUGUGCUUUUUCAAUAUUUUGGAUAUUUCUAGUAAAGACAUGGCACAGCAUUUCCUAUGUUAACAUUGUUUCAACUGUUUUAGGUACUCAAAGGGGAAUACUUCAAAAGGUAUUAAGUGACAGUUUCAUACCUGUCAUUUUGUGCCUUUGAAAGUUUCCACCUUGAUCUCUGGCUUAAAAGCUUGGGAAUAGUUUGCUUUUUAUGCUGCAGUGUUCAUUGUGAACAGCUACUACAGCAUAUAAAAAAGCAACUUUGAUUUUUCAUUCCCUCUUUCAUAACUGGCUCAAGUGCUUAGAAGAAAAGCUUCUUAAACCUGGCAUUUUGAAAAUUUAAAUUCAUCGAAGCUAAAGUUUUUCCUAUUUUUAUUUUUUUCUGCACUGAAAGUAACAUUUUCUGUACUUAAACUUUUCUGCCUAUAAGUUGUUCAUACUCGGGUAUUGUUUGGUCCUAGUAUUUUUCUUGAACUGACAAUUGUCUUCUCAGCUCGUACCAUAUUCAAAUCCAAAUGUUUUAUGAAAGGUUGAUUGGAAAGUAUCCAAAUAUCUAAUUUUAAAGAAUAUUGAAAGUUGUACAGUAGUUUGUCCAGCUCACUUGAAAUUGGAAUUAAAUUAUGGCACCAGCAAAUUGCUUUUGUUUUUUAAUAAGAUGUACACAUUUCAAUUUAAGUAUAAUAAAUGUUUUUCAAUAA